AACACUCGAAAAGAAGCAGCAGCAGGAAGCACAAAACAAACGAAGAAAACUCGGCCCCUCGCCUCACCCCCCGGAGUUCCCCCUUCCUUCUUUUUUUUCUCCCCUGCCUUUUUCUUUUUCUCUCCCCCCAAUCACUAUCAACCAAACAACCAAUUUUGGCAUUAAAUUCCAGCUCACUCUUCCGUCGUUUUCCUCCUCAUUUUAACACUAACCAACUCGCCUUUCCUUCUUCUCUCCGUAACUCACUUUCUCUUUCGUUCUUUCUUCGUUUUUCAGUUACAAACUGUUUGUUUCUUUGGAAGCUUCGCUUUCACAGAUCUGAAUUACUUAAACCAAACAACCGAAAUUCCAUGAUUUUUUCGAUUAAACUGGAGGUUUAAAAGCUGUUUCGUUAGGGUUUUUGAAGCGAUGUUUGGAUCGGAAAUGGAGACGAGAAUGAAGAAAUAUAGGCAAGUGAGUCCGGAGAGAGCUAAAAUUUGGACUGAGAAAUCGCCGAAGUAUUAUCAGCAUAACCGGAAAGUUCCUGUUGUUUAUUAUCUCUGUAGAAAUCGCCAGCUUGAACAUCCUCAUUUCAUCGAAGUUCCUCUGUCUUCCCGCGAUGGUCUCUAUUUGAGAGAUGUGAUUGAGAGGCUUAAUAUUCUUAGAGGCAGAGGAAUGGCUUCCUUGUAUUCUUGGUCUUGCAAGAGAAGCUAUAGGAAUGGAUUCGUAUGGCAUGAUCUCUCUGAAGAUGAUUUAAUUCUUCCCGCUCAUGGAAAUGAAUACGUUCUCAAAGGUUCCGAAUUAUUCGAAGAGUCUAGCUCAGAUCGUUUUAGUCCUGUUGGGAAUAGCAUUAGACUGCAAAAUCUGAAGCAAUUACCUGAACCACCAUCUUCUUCUAGAAGCCAAGAUGAUUCUUCAUCUUCUUCCAGCUUGAAUGGGAAGAGAACAAAGCAUUCUCAGGAUGAUGAACUGUCUUCUCCAGUUAAUCAUCCGACUCCUGGCUCCUCCGGUGCGUCACCAGAGUCUAGAUAUGGAAAGAAUUCUUCCUGGGGUUGUUCUCUUAGUUUGACUGAGUAUAAGGUUUGUAAGAGUGACGGGUUAGCAGAUGCUUCAACGCAGACUGAGGAAAACACAAGCAGACCUAAGACACGGGAAACUUGCACAAGGGGUGUUUCAACUGAUGAUGGGUUGUUAGAACCUGAAUGCAAUACCAAUUUUCAAAACCAAGUCUCUAGCCCUCGUGUGAAAGAUAAUUCUGAGAUAUGCGGAAAUUCAGUUUCUCCUCCACCGUCCACUUCUAGCGCAUCAUCUUCAGGUGGGAAAACCGAAACUUUGGAAUCUCUAAUCCGAGCUGAUGUGAAUAAAAUCAAUAGUUUUAGGAUUCUUGAAGAGGAAGAGAUUCGAAUGCCAACCAAUGCAAGGCUCAAGGCAACAAGCAUGUUGAUGCAAUUGAUCUCAUGUGGGUCAAUAUCUGUGAAAGACCAUAGUUUUGGCCUUGUUCCAACAUACAGACCAAGGUUUUCACAUUCAAAAUUUUCUUCACCAUUAUUGCCUACUUCAAUCAUGUUGGGAGAGCUAGAUUGCUUAUCGGAGAAUCCAAGGUUGAUGGGCCUGAGAUUGGAAGACAAAGAAUAUUUCAGUGGUAGUUUGAUUGAGACAAAAAUGCUCAAGGAAGAAGGAGAUGGACGUACAACUCUGAAACGUUCUUCUUCAUACAAUGCUGAUAGGGCUUGUAAGCAGCUGGAUUCAGCUGAAGACAAAGAAGAGUUGAAUUUGGGACGUUCGAAAUGCAUCCCUCGUUCUAUCAAGGCUUCACUAAGCAAGCAACCACGAAGCGAGUCUAUGAGAUCCCCUGUUUCUGUAAAACCAAGAAACUCCUCUGAUGGGAUGGACAACUCACGCUUGGUAUCAAGUAGCAUAUCGAACGGCGGCAGUAGAAGAAUCACAGAGCCCAUUGCAGCUGAAAAACAAUCAAAAAGGUUGGAUUCAUUCAGAGAAGAGGAGAAGGUGAUCAAAAUUGAAGAAAGGCUUGCUUCAGGAGCUCGGGUUAUAAUCCAAUCUAAAGCGCCAUGUGAUACCAUUGUCGGUUGCUCCUAGUCAGAGCAUUUCGAGGUUUAGGCAACGGAUACCUUCGGAUCCUUUUUGGUAAAAGCUUAUUUCAACAAGUAAAACUUCUGGUCUUCAAAUUUGGUUUGAAUUUCAAAUGAUUUUAAAGAUAGAUUGGCGGGUCCAUGUGAUGAUUCUGUAAAUCUGGAAAGCUAAAAGAGGGAAAAAAAAAAAAAAGGCAGAAAAGAGAAAGGUAGAUAUCCCCUCCUGAUGGUCGGAGUACAAUUUUUUGGUUCCAGCUUUCUUUUAUGAGAUUCGUGCUUUAAUGUAACUACAGUUGCAAUACCAUCAUCCCUUUGGCA